UGUCAUCUCUAAUUGGGAACGCCGGAAGCUUCGUCUUGGCUGGAGGUAGCGCAGUGUCUGCGGUGCUUGUGAGGCUGUUGCUGCUGCUCGCCACCAAUGUCGACACAGUGCAGGAUCGCAUCCACCGGGAGAUUGAUGAUUUCAUAGGCAGCGAACGGCAGCCCACCUGGGAGGACAGACAUUUCACGCCCUAUACGCUUGCCACAAUCUGGGAGGCGCACAGAUGGAACACGCUUCUGCCUCUUGGAGCCCCGAGACGCGCAUUCAAGGACGUGGUCAUAGGCAAGCACUUCGUGCCUAAGGACACUACGAUCAUUGCUAACAUCUGGGCUGUGCACAAGAACCCUCUCCUCUGGAACGAGCCUGAAAAGUUCCACCCAGCCCGUUUUCUGAAAGAAGAUGGUUCAAUGGCAUGGGAGAAAGCAGAUAAACUGAUCCCUUUCUCUGUUGGUAAAAGAAUGUGUCCUGCUGAGAUCUUCGCUUCAGUUGAAAUCUACAUAUACUUGGCCCGAUUGAUGCAGAAAUUUGUUAUUCUACCGGAAGAGGGAGUUCUGUUCGAUGCUGGCAUUCCGUACAAACACAUGCUGCAACCCGGACGCCACAAGUUCCGCUGCAUGCCUCGAGCGCCUUCCUUGCCGUGCUAUCAUCGCCGGC